GAGUCACCCCCGGCAGAAGCCAUCUCGCUUGGUGGCAGGGAUGGGAAGCAGUCGCAUGCACGGAUCCGUCUCAUGGAAAAGGAGCCUUCAUCAGAUUGACAGGCAGCUGCCGCUUUCCUUUUGUUAGAGUUCUCUCCUACAGACUAGAUCCUGGAUGUUUUGUUCUGUUUUUUUUUUCAUUUUUAAAAACCUUCUCUUAUAUUUUAAAGAAAUGUUGUAAAAUGUGUCGUUUCCGGAAUAAAUCAAACUGCACCUGAGAUGUAAACCCUUCCCUUUCCUUAUUUUUUUGCCUCUGCUUCCUUCUGUAUUUUGAGAUUCAUCUCUCCUAUUGCUCUGGAGUUGAGAGAACAGUUGUCUCCUUUCCACUUCUUCUUCCUACAAGGAUUUUUUUCAUCUCUAAACACUUUUUAUUUUUCUUUCCUGGUGGCUCCAAUUUCUUCUUGGAGGAGGCCGCCUUACCACCACGACCUCCCCUUGUUUCAGUUGUGAAACAAUUUAAGUUUUACUGUACCACAAGGAGGACAGAUGUGUGCAUGUGUUUCUGACUAGUCUUAAUAGGGGGAUGCUGGAUGACUUGAAAUGGCAGUCUAAUGUAAGAAAAGGCAACCCCCCCUCAAAGCCUUUGAUUGUGCAACGGAUUGUCAUAAAGGAAACUGAAGUGGAAUAACAGUGUGCGACCGCUCCUUGGCAUGCUUCUUGUAUCCUCGGUGUGGGGACUGCCAAAGAUGUUGCAGACAAUUUAUGAAACUGAAUCGUGUUUCUCUUCAGAUGGAGUCUCUGGGCGCGAGCCAUCCUUGGAACUCCUGUCGCGGGCACAGAUCCAUGCCAUACCUGUGGCAGCUGUGGACUUGAAGCCAGUACUUCCUGUGGUGAUGCAGAGCUCUUGCAACAGCAGCAGCAGUAGCAGCCCGGUGGACUUGCGGAUGGAUGCCCGGCCCAGUGUGCCUACCAUAGACCCAACCGCCCGGGAACAGCAGCUGCAGCAGGAACUAUUGGCCCUGAAACAGCAGCAGCAAUUGCAGAAGCAGCUGCUCUUUGCUGAGUUUCAGAAGCAGCACGAACACCUAACGCGGCAGCAUGAAGUCCAGUUGCAGAAGCACCUCAAGCAACAGCAAGAGAUGCUGGCAGCAAAGCGACAACAAGAAUUGGAGCAGCAACGCAAGCGAGAACAACAGCGGCAAGAAGAGCUGGAGAAGCAGCGUUUGGAGCAGCAGCUACUUAUCUUGCGCAACAAGGAGAAAAGCAAAGAGAGUGCCAUUGCCAGCACUGAAGUGAAGCUGAAACUUCAGGAGUUCCUUCUCAGCAAGUCAAAGGAGCUGGCUGCAGCAGGCGGCUUGAACCAUUCCCUCCCUCAGCACUCCAAAUGCUGGGGGGCUCACCAUACCUCAUUGGACCAGAGUUCCCCUCCCCAGACAGGAAGCCCGGGAACACCACCCUCUUGCAAACUACCUUUACUCGGCACUUAUGAUAGCAGAGAUGAUUUUCCACUCCGGAAAACAGCCUCGGAACCCAACCUAAAAGUGCGCUCACGGUUAAAACAGAAGGUUGCCGAGCGAAGGAGCAGCCCACUGCUGCGGAGGAAAGAUGGGACCGUCAUCAGCACCUUCAAAAAACGAGCAAUCGAAAUCACAGUGUCUUCAAUGUGCAACAGUGCCCCAGGGUCUGGCCCCAGCUCCCCAAACAGCUCCAACAGCGCUAUCACAGAAAAUGGGCUUACAGGCUCAGUGCCUAAUAUCCAUACUGAGCAGAUGCUGCCCCAACACCGAGCUGUCAAUUUGGAUGGGUCAGCUAACCAGCUCAGCUUGUACACUUCCCCAUCUCUGCCCAACAUCUCCUUGGGACUUCAGGCUACCGUCACAGUGACAAAUUCGCACCUCAAUGCCUCUCCAAGUCUUUCCACUCAGCAGGAAGCAGAGCGGCAGGCCAUCCAGUCAUUGCGACAGGGGGGUGCCUUGACAAGCAAGUUCCUGAGCAUGUCGUCGAUCCCCAGUUGCCUUCUGGGGGUGGCCCUUGAGGGCGAGACCAACAACCAUGGCCAUGCAUCUUUGCUUCAACACGUCCUGCUCCUUGAACAGGCUCGGCAGCAGAAUACACUAAUUGCUGUUCCUUUGCAUGGCCAAUCCCCUCUGGUGACAGGGGAGCGCAUCCCCUCCAAUUUGCGGACUGUAAACAAGCUGCCUCGGCACCGACCUCUGAGCCGCACCCAAUCGUCACCACUGCCUCAAAGCCCUCAAGCAUUACAGCAUUUGGUUGUGCAGCAACAGCAUCAGCACUUCUUGGAGAAGCAGAAGCAACAACAGAUUCAACUGGGAAAGAUCAUCACCAAGACUGGUGAGCUGCCACGACCACCGACCACACACCCUGAAGAAACCGAGGAAGAGCUUACAGAGCAGCAGGAGACAUUGGGCUUAGGUCUGGGCCAAGGGCCUUUUCUGGUGGAUGGGUCAACAGAGAGCGAGGAAACGCAAGAUGACUUAGAGGAGGAGGAAAAAGUGGUGGAGGAGGAAGAGGAGGAGGAGGUGAUAGAAGAACAAGUAAAGGACGAAGCUGAGGAGAGCAAGCUGGAAGAAGAACCAGAAGUGGAAGAGCUGGGGGUGACCUACAGACAGGUGUUUGCAGAUGCACAUCAGCUGCGACAUCUUCAGCUCUACCAGACGCCUCUAAGCAUUAGCACUCUGCCCCAUCAAGCCCUCAGCCGCACCCAAUCUUCACCGGCCAGCACUAGCCUGAAAAGCAGUACAGUUGAACCUGUGGCCAGUCACCUUUUCACUACAGGAGUGGUUUAUGACACUUUCAUGUUGAAACAUCAGUGUACAUGUGGAAACACUAAUGUUCACCCAGAGCAUGCUGGGAGAAUCCAGAGUAUCUGGUCCAGACUACAGGAAACAGGACUGCUAAGCAAGUGUGAGAGAGUUCGAGGCAGGAAAGCAACACUGGAUGAAAUCCAGACAGUCCAUUCAGAACAUCACACAUUACUAUAUGGAACCAGCCCUCUGAAUCGGCAAAAACUUGACAGCAAGAAAUUACUGGGUCCUCUUACUCAAAAGAUGUACACUGUCCUUCCAUGUGGCGGAAUUGGGGUUGACAGCGACACAGUGUGGAAUGAGAUGCACUCGUCUAGUGCAGUCCGCAUGGCUGUUGGCUGCUUGGUGGAGCUGGCCUUCAAAGUAGCAUCUGGGGAGCUUAAGAAUGGAUUUGCUGUUAUCCGUCCACCAGGUCACCAUGCAGAGGAGUCCACAGCCAUGGGCUUCUGCUUCUUCAACUCUGUUGCCAUAGCUGCCAAGCUUCUCCAGCAAAAACUUGCCAUCAGCAAAAUCCUCAUUGUGGAUUGGGAUAUCCAUCAUGGCAAUGGCACCCAACAAGCAUUCUACAGUGACCCUAAUGUGCUAUAUAUCUCUCUCCAUCGCUAUGACAAUGGCAAUUUUUUCCCUGGCAGUGGAGCUCCUGAUGAGGUCGGCAGUGGGAUGGGUGUAGGUUACAAUGUAAACAUUGCCUGGACUGGUGGAGUGGACCCCCCCAUUGGUGACGUGGAGUAUCUGACUGCCUUCCGGACCGUGGUGAUGCCGAUAGCCAAUGAGUUCUCCCCAGACGUGGUCCUCAUUUCUGCUGGCUUCGAUGCUGUGGAGGGACACCUGUCUCCACUGGGUGGAUAUUCUGUCACAGCCAAAUGUUUUGGGCACCUGACCAAGCAGCUGAUGGAACUGGCGGGUGGACGUGUGGUCUUAGCAUUGGAGGGGGGUCACGAUCUGACAGCCAUCUGCGAUGCCUCAGAAGCCUGUGUCUCUGCCUUGCUUGGCCUUGAGCUGGAACAACUGGAUCAAACCCUGUUGCAACAAAAGCCCAAUGCAAAUGCCGUGGCCACAUUGGAGAAUGUCAUUGAAAUCCAGAGCAAGCACUGGAAUUCAUUGAAACGUUCUGCAGCGCUUGUUGGCUGUUCCUUGCUGGAGGCACAGAAGGGUGAGGCCGAAGAGGCAGAGACCGUCAGUGCCAUGGCAUCACUGUCAGUGGAUACAGAGCAGGGUAAAACAGAGUGUGAUGUCCGACAAGCAGAAGAGCCAAUGGAGGCCGAACCCGUGUUGUGAAGUGCCAAGACUUCAAUUUGUGUAGCUGUCACUCUGUGGGUUAAUUGGUCAUUUGUGAGUUCGUUAAAAUAACAACAACAACAACAACAACAAAAUAAUUUUUUAUCUAUUAAAAAGGAAAAAAAGAAAAAAAGAGUUGCACUGGACAAAAUGAGCCCGUGUGUGUAUGUGUGUGUGUGUGCGUGCGCGUGCUCGCGUCAGUCUCCUGGCAUUCGUUCUCACCAGCAUCACCAUUUUGUCCUAACUCUUGGGGAUUUGUGAGGGACAUGGUGGGUGGGGGGCUUCCACAUGGGCAUCUCCUCUGUUACCCCUUCUUAGUCAUCGUUGCCACCCGCCUCUCCCUGCCCACGAUCAAAUUCGUUCCCUUCCCAAGGCUGACUUAUGCCAAGUUGCUGCCAUGGGUGAAAACCCAACAAAUACACAGACUGUAUGUAAAUGGUAGUGAGAGAAGGAGCAGCAUUUCUUCCUCACAGGUGUUCCAAGGUUCAGCUCCUUUUCCUUAGUACUCCAUAUAAGCAAAUGGACAUUUUCUCCUCCAUACAUUUGCGUGAUGUGAAUGGAGAUAGCUUGCAAUCAGGAAAGCUUGAGGGGAGUGCCUCACAGUUACUCCUUCACAUUUUUCAAAGGUCUAGGGCAGGAGAGAGAGAUUUCCCAUGUAGCCUGGAGCCCCUGGGAUUUUGCUGCACUGGGCAGCUAUCAGUACUGCCUAUUUGUUGGGUUAGGCCAGCCCUGUCCCAUAUUUCCAAACCUGUUCCUGAAAUGCCAUUACUCUUCUCUGGAUCAUUAGCAUAUGAAGAUGGGAUUGAAAGUUAAAUCUUGCCAUCCCCUAAAGCGUGCUUUCAGAAAUCCUUUCCCUAACUCCCCAAACGUCUAUUCUGUGAACUGCAUUCUCCCUCUCACCAAAAUUAGAUCCAAACAUUUUUGGGUUUAAUCUUACCUUCGUUGCCUAAAUCUCUCUUUCUCCUGAUCCAUCUCAGCUGUUAAACUGCUCCUCAGUAUGUAUAGUUCUGAAUUAAUCUCUAGGAGAAGCCCCUAAAUUGAGGAGAAAGGAAAAAAAAGUGUGCCUUUAAGUCAUUUUUGUUAAUGCCUUAAUUUCCUAGUCAGUUCAUUUCUUUUUUCUUUCAUCCUUUCUCCAUCUUUCCCAUUCUUAGUUAACCGUCUGUAUGAGAGGUAAUCUUGUAUAAAGAUGGAAAGGAAUUACAUGCAAUCCUCACUUGCUAGUGCACAUCGGCUCCAAUCCAGCUCUGUGUAUAAACAAACUGUGAUUUGUUUGGGGGGGGGGGGAGUAGAUUGGGGAUGCCCACACAUUGAAAAAAAAUAUGGAGCAAUGCAAUGCAGAUAAUGCAUCACCACUGAGUUGCGCAUUUAGUUAUGCCUCUGAAUUGCACUCCCAAUUUAUGCCUGAAUUUCCCAGUUUGGCAAAGUGAUAAUUGUACGGCAGCCCUACUUACAAGUAUGGAAUUUCUUAGCUGGAUCAGGCCAUGUGCCAUUCAACACCUUUUGUAAUGAAGAUUUUGCUUAUGUUGAUUGUUCCAUGACCAAUGCUUUCUGGAUGCUCUCUCUCUCUUUUCCUCUCUGUUCUGUUUCCACUUCUCCCUCCCGCUUCAUUUUGUAAGUUUCAAAGACUCCUAAUCACUUACUGUAAAUAAUUUGAUUUCUUGUAUCACGUGCACAAAACUUUUAUCCAUUCAUGAAGAAAAAAAAAAAAAAAAGAGAGAAUUCUUCGCUGUUACUUCACCAGCCAAAAAGAAAAGGAGGGAAAAAAAGAAAAAAAAAUAGAGCAAUUUUAGCUUUUAAAAGAAAUGGCUAUAAAGAAAAAAGGUAUAUAAUUUUAUUACAGAUGUAUUAUUUAAUAGUAUUUUUUUAACUUGUACCACAAAACUCUCCUUUCCUUUGGAAAGUUGCUAUAGCAGGGAUAAUGCAACAAGGGAAAAGAUGGGGCUUGGUAUUGUUUUCACUAAUUCAGGGCAAAUGGGAUUUGUAGGGUGGGGUGGGGGGAAGUUGUGUGGAACGUAAGAUUGUGAUGUGUUUUUAGCUGCACUUAUGGUUGUUAACCUUGUCUAGGGUCUGUUUCAGGGAUCCAUGGGUUUGUUUCAGGUUUAGUCCUACCGAAUGUUCCAUGGUGAAGGGGGUAAUGUUCCUUCCUGGGUCUUCCCAUCAGAUUAUCAUUCUUAAAACCAUGGUGAGUGGCAAGUCAUGUCCAUACAGCAAUUGUUGCUCCUUUCCCUUAUCUCCUCCAUUCAUCUUUGCCACUGUAGCAAGCAACUAGUAGCCAGAUACAGAAAACGACUGUCCUGGGUGAUUUUAGGGCUGUUUUCUGGCAGGCUCUGUAAUCCUUUGGUCAUAAACUGAGUCUGGUGCAGAGUUUAGAAAUUUUAAUGAAAAUGGCUAACCUCUUAGCAUUGGUCACUGCUUUAAAAAUACAGUAUAUUAAGGUAAAGUUUCCCCUUCACAUUAAGUCUAGUCGUGUCUGACUCUGGGGGGGUGAUGCUCAUCUCCAUUUCUAAGCCGAAGAGCCGGCAUUGUCUGUAGACGCCUCCUAUGUCAUGUAGCCAGCAUGACUUCAUGGAGCACUGUUACCUUCCCGGUUGAGUGGUAUCUAUGGAUAUACUCACAUUUGCAUGUUUUCAAACUGCUAGGUUGGCAGAAGUUGGGGCUAACAGCGGUAGCUCACCCCACUCCCCAGAUUUCAACUACUGACAUUUUGGUCAGCAAGUUCAGCAGCUCAGCAGUUUAACCUGCUGCACCACUAGGGGAUGCCAUAAAUUGGGAGUGGGGAAACUAAAUCUUAAAAUCCAGGGAGGAAAUGCUCCUGAAUUCCCCAUUUAAAAUAGCCUUUGACAUAACAAGUGAAAAAAAAUCAUUUUGUAAGAAACCAUAACAGAUUGUCAUUUAAUCGCCCCACCUCAAAGUGUAAUAUGUUGCAGAUAAUAUUGCUUCUAAAGCUUUGCAAGUCUCAGGUCUGAAGAUAUGUUCCUUCUGGUACCAAGAAUGUAAAAGAGAAUAAGUUUCUUACUCAAUCUACUAAAACUCAUUUGGCCCCAUCACGAUCCCUUUAUGCCUGCCUGGCCACAUUUCGGUGAUACUGUCUUGGGCUCUUUGGGAGUCCGGCUGGGAUGUCAAUAAAAACAAAAACAAAUUUAUCUCAGGUGCACUUAGGCAUGUGCUCUGUCUUUUGCUGAUCAAGGAUUAAUGCAGGGUGGGCAAAAUGUACCCUGUGGUUUGCAUGUGACCCACAGACCUAUUUUUCUGGUCCACAGAAAGAACCCUUUUUAUUUUUCAAAAGAAGUUUUUAUAAAAAAUUGAUUUUUGCUCUCAAAAAGACAUCUGGGGGUGUGCAGAGUAUUUCCACCACAUUUGGAGGCCACACGGGUCAAUCUCUAUGUUGUUUUAAUUGGUUUUUAUAUGUUCAUGGCCUUGGAAGCCUUGUGGGCUGGAAGGCAAUGCAGAAAUACUUAAAAUAAAUAAAUUAAAUUAAAUUUUGCCAUUAGAAAAUGGGGGUUGCUUCAAAAUGCCCUCUAGGGUUUCAGGAAGACUCCAAAACAUGGUAACAUAGUAUGAACUCCUCCAUAUCCCUUGAAGUGUAUUUACUGGCAAACGGUAGGGUGAUUACAUUGGAGAAUAUGGCUUCCUGAGUUCUCCUGGGGAACAAAUGUGCCCCCCUAGCCUUCCACAGUUGCCUACUCCUCAUUUAGUAGAGUGUGGACUGUGAGGUAUAAAUCUGGCAAGCUGCUCUUUCAGUGUGAAAGCACUAGCAUUUUCCCACCUACUUUGGAUCCUCAGAUUCAAGGGUGAAAGUAGAGUAAAUUAUGUAAACUAAGACUGGAUCUACAUUGCCAUAUCAUCCAGUGUAGAUGGAGCCUAAAUCUUGGUCCUCGAUACAGCCAACUUUUGCCCAACUACUUCUACAUCUGGCUUUUGUUUACUGGGCCCAAGCGUAUGAUAUAUAUAUUCUGGGACAGACAGGGUGGCCUGAAAAAAGGCCCUGUUUAACUUCUAGUAUCUACUAAAUUACAGCCACCCAGAGGCAUAUUUUGGUUCCCUUCCCACUUACACCCUUGUCAGGGCUGUCUUACCUCUCUUGCUUUGUUUUGCUUUGCAGACUUCACUAUGUGGAGCUGAAAUGAUAAAAUACAGGAAUAGGCUUGUUGUCAAUAGUCAAGAAAAAGAGGGAGGAUCUUCUGCUCCCAAAAUAAAGGGAUGGGCACAAGAGGGCAAUCCUCGUGUAGGACUGUUGAUCUGAGAGCAAUUUGUUCCACCUAGAGCAGUGCUUCUCAAUCUUGGGUCCCCAGAUGUUUUUGGCCUACAACUCCCAGAAAUCCCAGGCAAUUUACCAGCUGUUAGGAUUUCUGGGAAUUGUAGGCCAAAAACAUCUGGGGACCCCAGGUUGAGAACCACUGACCUAGAGAAACCUGCUGUUUUGCUUGCUAUGGCUGUUUUGCUCCCAAAUGGCAAAAAUGACAAAUCUUUGUCACAGGCAGAUAGCUGUUUUGACUACUAAAGAUAUCCCAUGCUGAGAUACUGGGGUGUAUUUAAGGAUAAAUCCAGAUGACUAUGUAGAAAAGGGUAUGUCAUGGGGGUUUUCAUAACAUCAUUUCUGUGUCUUCAUACCUGUUUUAUAUUCCAUCCACACAAGUGCAAAUGUUGCAAGAAUAGCGAGGAAGAUGAAGCCAUAUAGAGACAGAAGAAAAAUGUGUAUUUGCCAGUAACCAGAUGAAUUAUUCAUGCGUUUUAACAUUAGCUGCUGUGGUUACUUCUCUAAGCCUAUGUCUUCCAGAUGUGUUGAAGUACAAUUCCCAUUGUUGGCUGCCAGAAUGAGCAGGGAAUAUGCUGGCUGGGAGAUACUGGGAGUUACAGUCCAACUUAUCUGGAAGACAUUAGAUUAGAGAAGGCUAAACUACAGAGUACUGAAAUUCUUGUUAUGAAGGGUAGAGUAACAAUUUUAGCAAUACUAAGACUUGGGUGGGACAUUUGUAUCCUACCACUCCCUCCUCUACGAAGGCAACUGCAGUCCUCCUUAGUUCUCUAAACAGGACUGUGAGUGCAUAGCCCAUUCACUCACAUAAUUAUUUUGCCAAAUCCCUGGCUACUUUACUUGGAACAUGUGCUGAUAUGGAUUACAGGUGAUCACACCUUUAAAAAAAUGCCAGUAUUUGAAAUGUUAAGGACCACAAUUAGUACCCUGCGUAGACUUGUAGGUCUUUUUCAUAGUGACAGCACUCAAGCACUCCAGUCUCCAGACAAUAGUAGCGCAGAGCUUUUAAAUACUGUCAGAGAUAGAACUUUUUUUUCCAUGUCAGGAGCGACUUGAGAAACUGCAAGUCGCUUCUGGUGUGAGAGAAUUGGCCGUCUGCAAGGAUGUUGCCCAGGGGAUGCCCAGAUGUUUGAUGUUUUACCAUCCUUGUGGGAGGCUUUUUUCAUGUCCCUGCAUGGGGAGCUGGAGCUGACAGAGGGAGCUCAACCUGCUCUCCCUGGACUCGAACCGCUGACCUGUCUCAGCAGUCCUGCCAUCACAAAGGUUUAACCAGAGGUGGAACUGAAAUGGAGUCUUCUGGGCUUCUUUACUCAGCUAGGAGCCAAUAGUCCAGUUGUAACCUGCAGACAUCAAUCCCACCUUACGAUGCUGCUCACACCAGCAGUCACAUGAUCAGUUCACACAACAGGUUCAUUCAAGAACUUCCGUAGUCCCAGCUCCCUUAGGGUAUGCGCAGAUGUACCUUUAAGCAGGAUUCCUCAUAGUCAUCUCCCUUAGAGCAAGUCUGGCCUUCUCCCGUGCCAUCCAAGCACAUUUGACAAAUAUACUCUUCAGCAUUCUAGUGCUUCACUCAUUCAGUUGUGCUACUCUUACCUAUAAUCUUCAGCUGAGCCUUUAAAAGAAGUGUAUCAGGAAGACUUAUUCCAAUAUUAGUUGCUUUUUUAUUGCAACUGUUUUUGGAAAGAGUAACAAAAUCAGUCUCCUAAUCAUGGUGGAGCUAAAUUAAGUACUCCUGUAAGCACUGGGUAUUGGCAUUGUUGAGGGCAAUUGGGCAGAACAGGUUAUGCUGAACUCCGUCCUGAAUGGAUAAUUCUGUAUGCCUGUAUACAAAAUGACCCAGUUCAUUUAACAAUGUUCCUCGUGAUUUCACUUCCUAUUUGGCCAAAUAUUUGACACACUCAGUAGACAUGCACAAAGAAUGCAGUAUGGGAUUUUUCACCUUUUUCCUAUUGAAUGCUGCUCCUUCUGCACCUGGUAUGGCACACCUUGUGCUCUAUGGACAGGUGGGGUCAGUCCAUGCAAACUCUGCAGGUGCACCGGGUAGCCUGAUGAGAUUUGACUCAAGGAGUGUGUGCCAUGAAAGCACCUUUCUAACCCAACUAUCACUGUAGUCUUGCAUUGUGCAUCUGUACAGCAGGGAAUACAGCUCCAAAUACAUGAAUGGAUGUUACGCAAAAGAAAGUGACGGCUUGUUCUUUCCUACCCAGAUGGCAUGACUUGAACUAACGAGCUUAAAAUAGGAAAGGGUAGUAAAUUAGGAAAGGGUCGUUAACCUGUUAAGGAUAAGAGCAGUUAAAUAGAGGAACUAGUGACCUAGAACUAUAUGGAUUUUUAAAACAUGGAAGAGGUUUGGACUUCAUGACCAUUCCUCACGCUGAUACCCUUGAGAUGCUUUGGAUUUCAGCUUCAGGUAUGGUAGGCCAUUGGUUAUGUUGGCUGGAGCUGAUACGCACUGUGAUCCAAUACCUCUGGAGGGCACUAUGAUGGGGAAAAGUGGGCUUCAGCAUUUUCAACACCCAUUUAAACUAUAAUUAACUACUGUAGAGGUGGGAACUUUUGGUCUUUCAAAUGAUUUGGGCUACAGCAGGCAUGGGCUAUUGGGUAUUUGUGCCAAAUUUGGUCCAGUGAAUGAAAGUACAACCUGUAUAUCAGACGUUUAUGAUCCAGGUUUUUGGACUUCAACUCCCGACUGUUAGGAAUUGUGGAAGUUGAAAUCCAAAACACCUGGAGGGUCAAAGUUUGUCCAUGCCUGGGCUACAGUCUCCACAAUCCAUUACCAUUAGUUAUAUAGGUAAAGGUGUCUGGGAUGUGAUGUCCAAAUGAUCUGGAAGAUACACAUACAAUUGUUUCUUUCUGCCAUCAAGAAUUCUCGAAGAUGCUAGCUUUGGGCUUGCUUGCUACUAAUGGAGAAAGAAAGGACAACUCUAAUAGGAGCCUAUGAUAUAACAAUGUUUACCAUUUGGAAACACCUCUUUACUGCUGGCCUUUUGAGUCACUAACUUAUAGCUAUUUCUGCACUGAUUCAGCUUUCAUUUGCUGACUCACAUCAACAAUCCCAAAACACCAGUGCAAAAAAAGUCAAUUUUUUCCUUUCACAGAAAUUUGCAAUAGGGCUGUUAAAUGAAAAUAUUGCAGUUAGUGUGAUAACACUUCUUUUCGCCCCAAGCAAAAGAGACUCCCAAGUAAACUUGAUGCUACUCAUUGUGACUUUAUAGUCAGGAAGAAAUGGACCCCCAGUUUUACCAUUUUGCAUCUCGUUUUUCACUAUCUCCUUCUUGAAAAAUUUGCAGCGACAAGGGAGAACAGGUAGAAAAGCAAGAACAGGAAUCACUAGCCAUUGUUUCCAUAUUUCAUCAUUUGGAUUUUGUUUUAGGGGGAGGGAAAUUUCUGCGCUGGCCAAAAGUAGCAACUAUUUUGAAAAGCCAUUAGUCCUUAGGACAACAGCAUGGAACAAGUGUGGGUGAGUGAAUGAGUGUGUGCAUGUAUGUGUGUGUGUCAGCUCCCGUUCUGUUGGUAUCCUUUCAGUAGGGACACCACACCAGUAUUAGGUUGUUGAGGGGGCUGUUGUUGUGGAGGGGAAUUGGGACUUUUUUUUUCAUUUCUUUCCUAAUCAACCCCUUUCACAUUACAUUGAAGAUGCCCCCCAUAAGUGGGGAAAUAUCUGUAGGUUCCCUGUCCCUUCUGCUUUUUUCUCCUGCUUUCUGUCUCUCUUUCUCUGUUUAUCUCGCUCUGGAUACAAUUUUCAGUUGAGUAUUUUGUAAUAUGUUCCAAUGUUUGUCCUUGUGUAAAUAAAAUUGUUUCUGGCAAUA